CUUCGGAGAGACCGUGGCCCGGGGGCUUCGUCCCGGCAUCCUCGAGCAGCCCGCAGGACGAGGCGAGAAGAGCGCAGGUCUCUUGAGUCACUGAUGGACUGUAGCCAUGGCUGGACCAGGCCGACGAAUCCGAACACUCCCCACAGAGCUGAACAAAGUUUGCCCUGAUGAAGGAGACGGCUAUCCUGUCUACUCCAGAAACUACUAUGAUCUUGAUAUGGUCCCCAACCUCAGAAGAAGUAAUAGUGCCUUCAGCAAGGGCAAGCGGAGGGCUCACUUCACCCCCAGCACCAACGAAAAGGAAAAUCUUAGCUCAUGGAUCCCUGAAAACAUUCAGAAAAAAGAAUGUGUUUAUUUCAUCGAAAGUUCUCAGAUGUCAGAUUCUGGGAAGGUGGCAUGUGAGUGUGGCUAUCUCAGGGAGCAGCACUCAGAGGAAGCCAUAAAACCUGCCAUGUUCCAGGGGAAAGAAUGGGAUCCUAGAAGACAUGUCCAGGAAAUGCCAACAGAUGCUUUUGGGGAUAUCAGCUUCACAGGCUUGGGGCAGAAAGUAGGGAAGUAUGUGCGUGUCUCCAACAGCACACCCCCGAGAGUUAUCUACCAGCUGAUGACCCAACACUGGUGCCUUGAUAUACCCAACCUCCUAAUAUCUGUGACAGGUGGAGCUAAAAACUUCAACAUGAAGCUGAGAUUGAAGAACAUCUUCCGAAGGGGGCUUGUCAAAGUGGCCCAAACAACAGGUGCCUGGAUCAUCACUGGUGGUUCUCAUGCUGGUGUGAUGAAGCAAGUUGGGGAAGCAGUACGGGACUUCAGCAUGAGUAGCAGCUACAAAGGGGAGAUUAUCACCAUUGGGAUUGCGACAUGGGGGACUGUGCACAAUCGUAGUAGCCUCAUAUGCCCCACGGGUAGUUUCCCAGCUGAGUAUGUGCUGGAUGAGGAGACUCAAGGAAACCUUUCUGGCCUGGACAAUAAUCACUCUCACUUCAUUCUGGUGGAUGAUGGGACACAUGGGAAAUACGGUGUGGAAAUCCCUUUGAGGACCAGACUUGAGAAGUUCAUUUCGGAGCAAACAAAGGUGAAAGGAGGUGUUGCCAUUAAAAUACCAAUCGUUUGUGUAGUGCUGGAGGGUGGCCCUGGGACCCUUGAUACCAUCUACAAUGCGAUCACAAAUGGCACCCCAUGUGUGAUUGUGGAAGGCUCAGGACGUGUGGCUGAUGUCAUUGCUCAAGUGGCUAAUCUUCCCAGCCCCAAAAUAAGCAUUUCCCUCAUUCAGAAAAAACUGAGUACAUUCUUUAAGGAUGGCUAUGAGCAGUUUACUGAGAGUAAAAUUGUGGAGUGGACCAAGAAGAUCCAGGAUAUUGUGCGAAACAGGCAGCUCUUGACCAUCUUCAGAGAAGGCAAGGAUGGACAGCAGGACGUUGAUGUGGCCAUUCUGCAAGCCAUGCUCAAAGCCUCUCGAUACCGUGAUCACUUUGGCCAAGAAAACUGGGACCACCAGCUGAAGCUUGCCGUGGCAUGGAACAGGGUGGAUAUUGCCCGGAGUGAAAUCUUCACUGAUGAUCAUGAGUGGAAGCCUUCUGAUCUGCACCCCAUGAUGGCAGCUGCCCUCAUAGGCAACAAACCAGAUUUUGUGAAGCUCUUCUUGGAGCAAGGAGUGCGCUUGAAGGAAUUUGUGACCUGGGAUGCCCUGAUCUACCUCUACGAAAACAUGGCGGCCUCCAGUGUCUUCCACGGGAAGCUGCAGAAAGUGUUACUAGAAGAGAAGGAGCACUCAGCCUUCUCCAAAGUGCCAAAGGUCCAGCUCCACCAUGUGUCCCAAGUGCUGAGAGAACUUCUGGGAGAUUUCACGCAGCAGCUGUACCCCAAGCCGAAGAACACUGACCGGCACCGUCUUUCCAUUGCUGUGCCCCAUAUCAAGCUCAAUGUACAAGGAGUGAGUCUUCGAUCGCUUUACAAGCGUUCCGCUGGCCGGGUCACAUUCACUAUGGAUCCUGUGAGGGACUUGCUGAUUUGGGCAAUUGUUCAAAGCCGCAAAGAGUUGGCUGACAUCAUCUGGGCUCAAAGCCAGGACUGCAUUGCAGCAGCUUUGGCCUGCAGCAAGAUGCUGAAGGAAUUGUCCAAGGAGGAAAAUGACACUGAUAGCACCGAGGAAAUGUUGGCCUUGGCAGAGGAGUAUGAGUCUCGAGCGAUUGGUGUCUUCACUGAAUGUUACCGGAAGGAUGAAGAAAGAGCCCAGAAGCUUCUGAUCCGUGUCUCUGAUGCUUGGGGAAAGACCACCUGCCUGCAACUAGCUUUGGAGGCCAAAAAUAUGAACUUUGUGUCUCAUGGGGGCAUCCAGGCCUUCUUAACCAAAGUUUGGUGGGGAAAACUGAGUGUCGAUAAUGGGAUAUAUCGGGUCAUUCUGUGCAUGCUGUUCUUCCCCCUUCUUUAUAGUGGUCUCAUCACCUUCAGAGAGAAGAGGCUUCUGCCAAUGACUUACUUGAACCGCUUCCGAGCGUUCUUUACCGCUCCUGUGGUCAUCUUCCACCUCAACAUCCUUUCUUACUUCACCUUCCUCUGUCUUUUUGCCUAUGUGUUGAUGAUAGAUUUCCAGUCAACUCCAUCCUGGCGGGAAUAUGUCAUCUAUUUCUGGCUCUUCUCCCUAGUGUGUGAGGAGAUACGUCAGCUCUUUUAUGAUCCUGAUGGAUUUGGCUUGAUGAAAAUGGCUUCCUUGUACCUCAAUGAUUUCUGGAAUAGAUUGGAUGUAUGUGCCAUUCUAAUCUUUAUUACUGGGCUGACCUGCAGGUGGAUACCAGCCACUUUGUAUCCUGGAAGGAUCAUUCUAUCUCUGGCUUUUAUUAUUUUCUGCCUGCGUUUGAUGCACAUUUUCACAAUCAGUAAAACUCUAGGCCCAAAGAUCAUCAUAGUGAAGAGGAUGAUGAAAGAUGUCUUUUUCUUCCUCUUCCUCUUGGCUGUUUGGGUGGUGUCUUUUGGAGUAGCUAAGCAAGCCAUCCUGAUCCACAAUGAGAAACGGGUGGACUGGAUCUUCCGAGGUGUUGUUUACCAUUCUUACUUGACAAUAUUUGGACAGAUCCCUUCCUACAUUGACGGAGUGAACUUCAGCCUUGAUCAGUGCAGCCCAAAUGGGACUGAUCCCUACAAGCCAAAGUGCCCGGAAUACAAAGGGCAGCCUAUCUUUCCAGAGUGGCUGACAAUCAUUUUGCUCUGCCUCUACCUGCUCUUCACCAACAUUCUCCUUCUCAAUCUCCUCAUCGCCAUGUUCAAUUACACAUUCCAGCAAGUACAAGAGCACACUGAUCAGAUCUGGAAGUUUCAGCGUCAUGACCUGAUAGAAGAGUACCAUGGAAGGCCUCCAGCUCCACCACCCUUCAUCCUCCUGAACCACCUGCAGCUCUUUGUCAAGCGAAUCAUUCUCCGGAAGCCAGCCACUCGGCACAAGCAGCUCAAAGAGAAGCUUGAGAAGAACGAAGAGGUAGCCCUCUUGUCCUGGGAGAUGUACAUGAAGGAAAACUACUUGCACAUCCAGCAGUGUCAGCAGAAGCAGAACACUGAACAGAAGAUCCAAGACAUUGCAGAAAGAGUGGAUACAUUGGUGGAAAUGAUGGACCUUGAUCAGGUGAAAAGGACGGGGCUGGUGGAGCAAAAGUUGGUAUAUCUGGAAGAACAGAUGUUCCAGUUUGCAAAGGGACUCCGGUGGGUUGUUCAGUCCCUGUCUAACAGUGGGUUUGGAUCAGAAGAAGAUGCUCCCAUCAUAGUUCCCAGCAAAGCCCCUGAAAUGAAGGAAGUACACACAGAUGAGGUCCCAGAAUCUUUUCAUACUCUUUACCAUGUGAGUGCCAGGAAUCUUUUGUAUCCCAGCUCUCCUGCUGUCCGCUUUCCUGUACCAGAUGAGAAAGUGCCAUGGGAGGUAGAGUUUGAGAUCUACAACCCACCCUUCUAUAGUGCAGAAAGGCAGGAAAAUGCUGUCCCUGACUACCUGAGAGAUUCUUUGGAUAAUCUUUCAAGGAUAAACUUCAACAGUAUGGAUGGAGAUGUCAACAGACAGAGCUUCCAUGGCACCUAUCUGGUUGAAGAUGGCUUACCACUAAAUCCCAUGGGAAGGACAGGGCUGAGGGGCCAAGGGAUCCUUCGGUUCUUUGGGCCAAAUCAUGCACUUCACCCUGUUGUGACACGGUGGAGGAGGAAUGUGGAUGGAUCUAUUUGUAGGAAAAGCGUAAAGAAAAUACUGGAAGCCUUGGUGGUGAAGUUUCCCUUUUCAGAUCAUUGGGCUUUGCCUGGGGGAUCUCUGGAACCAGGUGAAGCAUUACCACAGAAGCUGAAACGGAUCCUGAGACGGGAAUUCUGGCCACAGUUUCAGAAAUUGCUGAAUCAGGGUACAGAGGUAUACAAAGGAUAUGUGGAUGAUCCUAGGAACACAGACAAUGCCUGGAUAGAGACAGUGGCCAUCAAUGUGCACUUUGAAGACCAGAAUGAUGUGGAGAUGAAGCGUAUGAAUUCGUUUCUCCAGGGAUGUGAUCUUGAGGUGAUUGUCCGAUGGCAAGUUGUGGAUAAAAGAAUCCCUCUGUAUGUGAACCACAAGGAGCUCCUGCAGAAAGCAUCUGUCCUCCUGGGGGCAUACUACUGAAGACACAGCCGCAGCAGACCCCUUUCCACACACACACACACACACACUCUACCACCACCACCAGUCCUUCUUUCAUUUCUCCCUUAGAUCUUUCUAAAUGCAAGUAAACCUGACUGGUACUUUCCCCUUUUCUGGCUUCCUUAGUCAAUUUUUCAACUUCAGGUGAGACUCACACAAGACUUUUGAGUUGCAAAUGAGGCCUUAGAGAGCAGACUCUUUUUGGCUCCCCAGAAAAAAGUUGGUUUUCAUUCCUCCCAGAAAAAGGAAACAUUUUCCAUUCUCCCUGUAGCUGUGGCAUCGGAUGUCUCAUGGGAACUGGAGACAAUACUGUAUAGGAAUCUGAGGCUCAGAUUGGUGCUCUAAAUCAGUGAAGUAGCUUAAUUCUGGGUAGGAUUUCUAAUGACUGCUCUAAUGCUAAUGACCUGGAGUCCAAAAAUGCUGCCUCCAAGUUGCAUGCCCUGGCUUUGAAAAGUCAAAUAUUACCGUGCCCAACAUACAAGCGACUCCCAGUGGUACCUGAGCUAGUCAUUCACGGCAACCGCAAGGCCAUCAGCUUUCAGUGAAUCAACUCAGAAAUUUGAUGUUGUUACAUGACCCAUUGGCAUGUUGAGUUGAAGAACAUAAGCACCCUGAAAGUUCACAUUAGUGCCCACAAAGAUGGAAAUACAUAUGAUACUGGAAAAAAAAAUACACUUUUCUACUGCCACCUGCUGCUUUGUUCUCAUGAAGGGGCCUGACUGCAAUGAAGCCAAAGUUUCCUCCUGACACCAUGUUUCCUCAAGACAGGCUGGUGAACCUGUGACUUUCCUGGACUCAGGCUCCCAUCAACCUCAGCCAGCGUGGCCAGCAGCUAGGAAUGGUGGGUUUAAGUCCAACAGCAUCUGGAGGGCCCUGGAUUCUUCAGUUCCCUGUAUGCUUAUCCAGUGUUUUGGUGUGGUAGAGGCUUGCUGAGACAGGAGGGAACUUUAACUGUUGCAGUAGAAUUCACAGAGUAAAGAUGUAACCAUUUGCAAAAGUCUCUAGAUCCUUUUCAACUGUACAUUUCUACUUCAUGGUAAACAGCUUGUCAUCUAAUGUACACAGGUUGGCAGUUACAGUGCACCAUAUGUUGCAAAUGAAUUACAUCCCAUUCAUUCAUAGCACCUACCACAUUAUUCACCUUUUCAAAAUAAGGUUGACGCUUGAGGUUUUUAUGCUCAUCACCGUACACUACAGCUAGUAUUAUAUUGAAUCUUGCACAGAUUAUUGUUUUUCACUCCAUGGUCUAUUCUUACCACAGUCAGUCAUAAGAUUACAAAAAAUGACCUUCCUGGGCCAGGCCAAAAUCCAAAAAAAAAUCCAACCAUGACUGGCCAAGUGCCUCUUAGGAGCCUCUUUAAAAGGGCAUGAUGGA